CCCAAUCGUGCCUUUCUUUCCUUCUUUCGAAGAAGGGACCAAUCGCUUCGCCCUCCGGUCGCGCGGCUUGGGUAUCUGGUUGGCUUCCCGUGGCCUUCGCCUGCACCAUCGAGAUGACGAGAGCGCCGCCGACAUCGAGGCGGCUGGCCGCAAGGGCCGUCGGGAAAGGAGCGGCGUGCCGUGCCGUGCCGUGCCGUGCCUCGCGCUGCGCUCCGCGCGUCGGGUGGGCUUGGCGGGCGGCGCGCGGCUGCCGCGGGCGAGAGCGGCGAGGGCGGUCCGGAGCGUCUGCGCGGGCGGCCCAGUGCGAAGCCGCCGCGGCCGCGGUUCCAGCGCCAUGGCGGGCGGAGGCAGCGCCGGCGAGUGGUGCCUCAUGGAGAGCGACCCGGGAGUCUUCACGGAGCUCAUCAAGGGCUUCGGUUGCAGGGGUGCCCAGGUCGAGGAAAUAUGGAGUUUGGAACCAGAAAACUUUGAAAAAUUAAAGCCAGUUCAUGGAUUAAUUUUUCUAUUCAAGUGGCAACCAGGAGAAGAACCAGCUGGCUCCGUUGUUCAGGAUUCCAGAUUAGAUACAAUAUUUUUUGCUAAACAGGUAAUAAAUAAUGCGUGUGCAACUCAAGCCAUAGUAAGUGUGCUAUUAAAUUGUACCCAUCAAGAUGUCCAUUUAGGAGAAACACUAUCAGAAUUUAAAGAAUUCUCUCAAAGUUUCGAUGCAGCGAUGAAGGGCCUGGCAUUAAGCAACUCGGAAGUGAUUCGGCAAGUCCACAACAGUUUCGCCAGACAGCAAAUGUUUGAAUUUGAUGCAAAAUCAACAGCAAAAGAAGAAGAUGCUUUUCAUUUUGUCAGCUAUGUCCCUGUACAUGGAAGAUUAUAUGAACUGGAUGGUCUGAGAGAAGGCCCAAUAGAUUUAGGUGUGUGCAAUCAAGAUGACUGGAUCAGUGCUGUAAGGCCUGUCAUAGAAAAACGAAUACAAAAGUACAGUGAAGGUGAAAUAAGGUUUAACUUGAUGGCAAUUGUAUCUGACAGAAAAAUGAUAUAUGAACAGAAAAUUACAGAACUGCAGAGACAACUUGCUGAGGAAGAGCCCAUGGAUACAGACCAGACCAGUAAUAUACUAAGUUCUAUUCAGUCAGAAGUUGCGAAAUAUCAGAUGUUAAUUGAUGAAGAAAACCAAAAAUUGAAACGGUACAAGGGGGCUGUGCAACCUGAUCCCUCCAACAAGAUUGAAAACAUUAGAAGAAAACAUAACUACCUGCCAUUCAUCAUGGAACUGCUAAAGACCUUGGCAGAACACCAGCAAUUAAUCCCACUUGUUGAAAAGGCAAAAGAAAAACAGAAUGCUAAGAAAGCUCAAGAGGCCAAAUGAAGACUGGUGUCUUUUCUGUGUUGGCUUCCCCCACGGCUGUUUGGUGGAGAAAAUGUGCUUCUGAUUUUUUUGUCUUCAUGAAAGCAACCCUGCAAGACUUCUUGUAAAGUUUAAAUUUGUCCAGUGCACGUUUACCAAUUUGUAACAGCUUGUCCUGUCCCAGUUGCUCGGGGUCUAUGAAUCUUCCCUUUUUCAUCCACAUCAUGUGCAUGUACUACCACUCAGAAAAGGCUUUUAGAAUUUCUGUUAAAUUCCAGUAUUUAAUGGUGAUAUCUGACUUAUUCUUCAUAUUUAAUCAGGAAAUGCUGCUGCAAUUUGUAUAGACCCAAAUUUGUGCAAGUAAUGUAGACCUUUUUACUGUAAUGAACAUAUUUAAGUAUUUUGUCUUGCAGUGAAACCUUGGAUAUAUAGUUAUGUGAAGGAAUCUUGACUUAUUUUUACAAAUAAGUUGGCCUGUAUUUGCUUAUCACCACUAUCUGUCUUGGUCUCUGAGCCUUUCAGUGGCUGUUUCUCUGUUUUUGUUCCUAUGGAGUUAUGUCUAAAUUUUCUACAGAGUUGAGAGUAAAAACUGAACGGUAGAAUCAUUUACAGACCAGUGCACAAGCCUAAGAGUCUAUUGCUUCAGUAGGAAAAAAAGAAUAAUAAAUUUUCCCAUUUUUAUUUUGGCAAAUGUUUGUACGUUGUAAUAUUCCUAUCAUGGUUAAUGUAAUUUUUGAAAGGAUAUCCCUCAUCCUCCUCUGGAGCCAUUUCUGUGUAACACCAAAAUUACAAAAAAGAGGUUUCCAAUGUUUUCCAGUAUUCAUGGAGAUGUUUAUUUGCAGUGGGUGGGGGGCAGCAUCAGUAUCUUAUAGGGUUUGGAGGAGAAUUUGCAAUUUGCCCUUCUCUGGUGUACACCACUACCUGUAUAUAUAUUUUCCUGAUGUUCUGAAUUAAACAAAUGCUCUAUUUUCAUCCUUCA